AUGAUUAAAAUUCAGAUUCCAACCAUUUUUAAUAGAUAUAGAAAUAAUACAAAUUAUUUUAUAAAUAAUAAUAAUUAUAAUAAUAAUGAUAAUGAUAAUAAUAGUAGUUUAAUUAUAAAUACAUUUUCAAAUAGAAAAUUAUUUGAUAUCCAUCCAAUCGAUACCGAUGGUGUUAUUGAUAACAAUGAUGAGAGAUAUAGUACGUUUAUAGGUGCUGGCUAUCGUGUUGGUGUCUACACGAUCUCUAUAUUGGUUGGUAAUCCUUCACAAUCGUUUAGGGUGAUGUUGGAUACUGGCUCGGCAACUCUAAACAUACCAUCGGUAGACUGUUUCCUCUACUCAGCAGUGAAUAGACCAACGAAAUGUCGUUGCUCUAGCAAAGCAGAAUCAACCUAUAAAAGAGAAUACAGUCCGAAUAGUAAAGUGCAUUGUAGGACUGACAACUGUAUCUACUCAGAGCAAUUCGUUGAUAAAUCAUUCCUAAUGAGUCAAUUGGUUGAAGAUACUGUUAGAAUAGGUGGUUAUUCAAUUGAUUCGAUUUUCGGUAAUGUUAACAAAAUAUUACUCUUAGCUUUUCAAUAUAAAGAAUGUCCAGCACCAGAUGUAUAUACACCAAGAUCAUUCGAUGGAAUCUUUGGAUUGAGUACGAAAGUGAUUGAUGACACUGCAGGUGAAGAUAUUCUAACACAAAUCAGUUUAAAGUAUAAUCUAUCGAAUUCAUUCUCUUUGUGUUUUGGAGAAUCGGGAUAUGGUGGACAAUUCAAAAUCGGUGGUUACGAUCCCGAGCUAAUAGUUGAACCAAUGCGAUACAUUCCAGUGGCAAAACCAUAUACAUACAAUCUAACCAUCUCUCAAGUUCAUAUCGGUCAAUAUAAAUUGGAACAUACAACUUAUAAUGCAUGGAUUGAUUCUGGAUCAGCAAGUAUAGUAAUACCAACACCAUUAUAUAACAAUAUGAUAAAUACAAUGUAUGAGAAGUUCCCAUUAGCUGGAUUUCAGGAUGGUGCAUUCUGGAAUACUUCAUUCCCUUGUGCUUUUAUAGAUGAAAAAGAUAUACCAAACUAUCCAAAGUUUAAUAUCUCGUUUGUCGAUACUGAUGGUGAGAUCUUUCACCUCUCAGUACUACCUCAGAACUACUUGGUUUACAAUGAAGAAGAGAAAUGCUAUGAACUCUUAUUGCGUACGGUCGACAACAACUACUUUAUCAUUGGUGACUUGGGUUUGAUUGGUUACAACAUUCAUUUCGAUAAGCAAAACCAGCGCAUCGGUUUCGCCAAGGCAUCGGCCAACUGCUCGACAUUCUCUGAGAAAUUAGAGUUGGACGUAGUGUUGCUCUCAAAAGAGAGUGGUUUGAUCAUGGCCAAAGUCAGAGGUGGAAGUACUGCCUACAGUUUGAGAGGCAUCGAUAUCGAAUUCAAUAUUCGAUCGGGUAAAGCACUCUUUUACCCUAGUGGUUCGACCGUUGUUACAAACUCCACCGACGAGAAUGGUAUUGCAAUAGCAACAAUCUCGCCAAACUAUCGUGGUAAUAUCGUAGUGGAUGUAGUUGCCAAAGAACUGAAUCUUCAUGCAUCGAAUCUAAAGACUGUCACGCUACAUCCUGCAGCGCCAUCUACCUCCACCGCUUACAUUUCAUUCCUCAUACUAUUUAUUAUCAUCGGUUUGAUUGGUGCUGCAUUCGUCAUCAACAGAAUCUACAAAAGAAGAGAACUUCAAAAACAAAAAGAUAAUCUCGAUAGUUAUGAAAUGUUGCUAUUCGGUGCUCCGCAACCUAUAUCAGGUUUUGAUGAAGAGAAAAUAACAUAA